UUUUAACGCUAUCGUCACUUGUUUUUCUUAAGUCGGAGAAACGCGCGAUAUCGCCGAGUUUAUCUGCCGCUAUCGAUCUUUCGUAUCGUCGAUAUAACUCUCGCCAUUCCCGCUCCGACGAAGAGCCGGGACCGGGUAUGCAAAACACGAUGUAACGCGAUCAAUUCUCGUCUCAUUUAUUGCCGGCGCUGAUACCCUUUGCGGAGGUCAGGAUGCAUCCUCGAUCGCGCGAGACGUCGUGCACUUCUGCGCUCAAUUUGCAGCGCUCCCCGGCAUUCGCGUCAUUCUGCAUAUCCAGUCACGAAGCAUUAAUCGCAUGAAUCACCAUCCGCAACCGUCGCAGCUCGUCCGUCUUAUCGGCCUUCGAAAUUUAAAAAGGAGGACAGCCGAUCUCCUUUCCCAGGAAGAGGCGCUGGCAGCUCCUGAAGAAAGAUGUCCACGGCGUUGCUGGCCCUCUUCGCCGUGAUCCUGUGCAUCUUGUUUAGGAUACUGAACGUGAACAGUGCGCCGCAGAAGCCCCUCCUCGUCUGCAAAGACCAGUCAUUCUUGACGACGGUGCUGAAGAUCGCGCCGGUCAUCGCCGAACCAUAUAAACCAACGAGGUUGUGGGGUUUCAGCGGCCACGUACAAACUAUCAUCCACAGCAUUAUAGGCCGUGUUCGGUGUCCUUGGCCCAUUGGAGAACGUGUAUACAUUGGUCUUCCCGAUGGGACCACCCUUACGUACGAUCUUUAUCAACCACUGACUAAUGGACAUGAAGAUGACAUAACGAUAGCCAUCUGUCCUGGUAUUGGCAACAGCUCGGAGAGCGUGUACAUUAGGACAUUCGUGCACUUUGUGCAAUGUCAUGGAUAUCGAUGCGCAGUACUUAAUCACGUCGGGGCCCUUUCAAGUGUCAAGAUUACGGCACCCAGAAUAUUUUCUUACGGUCACACGGACGAUUAUAGCGCGAUGCUACAACAUCUAGUAGAACAACAUCCUAACACCAAAAUAGUUUGUAUCGGAUACAGUUUAGGUGGUAAUUUAGUAACAAAAUAUCUAGGAGAACGCGGUUCCAACAAAUUAUCUAAUAUUAUAGGAGGGAUAUCGAUUUGUCAAGGAUACAAUGCUCUCAAGGGAACGAAAAUUCUAUUAAAUUGGCAGAACUUUAGACGUUUUUACCUCUAUGUAAUGACUGAAUCGAUGAAGAAUCUUAUUCUAAAACACAAAAAUAUGCUUUUGUCCGAAGAUGUAAAACAAAGAUGUAAUUUGAACGAGCGAGACAUAAUUUCUGCUGCGACGUUACCUGAACUGGACGAAGCUUAUACGAGAAGGGUACACAAUUUUAGGUCUGUGCAAGAAUUGUACAAGUGGAGUAGUUGUCUCUUUUAUCUAGAUAGCAUUACAACGCCGAUGGUAUUCAUCAACGCGUUAGACGAUCCCAUCGUGCCGGAGGUGUUGUUAAAUCCAAUCAAAGACCACGCGGCAAAUCACUUAAAUACAUUGUAUGUGGAACUAGCUCAUGGAGGUCAUCUAGGUUUUUACGAAGGUGGUCUUCUGUAUCCAAAUCCUAUAACAUGGCUGGAUCGAACCUUAGUGUCCCUCGUGGGAUCUCUGACUCUAGCGCACGCAGACAAGGCUCUUAAAGCCUCUUAACCCAAUUUAGUUUGGUCAAUGUAUUUCUGUUAUUGAACAUUUAUCGAUAUUGUGUCACACAUUCUGAUGUUGUGAGAUCAAGCACUGUGCACCUGAUUCAUGUUUAGAUCGGAGAGAUUUAUAACGAGAUGAACUGCAACAAGAUUUGCAAUGAAAAUGGAAACGGCAGAUUGUAAUUAAUAAAAGUAUCUGGUACAUGCUUUGAUUGUUUCACGAAGUGAACAGACAGUAUCUUUCACAAACGAUUCAGAGGGACUAAAUGAUAAGCGCGACUGUAAAAUAACAAACGUUUGCUCACUAACAUUUUUUAAAUUGAGUAUAGUCCAGGAAAGCUAGCCAAAUUGCGUAACCCUUUAUAUGUAGUCAUAAAUAGUAAAAUUUUUAUUAUGCAAUGUGGCACAAUCAAAAUUAGCUUAAUUAUUUGAAAAAGGGAGUAGAAACGAAAUGAAUUUUCAAUAUUUUACUAAAUACUAACGCUUCUUUCUCAGGGAUCUUCUAUAGGGCAACGAUUUGAUAGUAGGACUUUCAAUGGUCCUUAACAAGUUACUAGAGAUGCUCUGUAUAAGGAUUCAAUCAUGAAUACACGUUGGAUGUGAGUUUAAUGCAAUACAGAGUUUUGUGUACUUUUCACUAAGAAAACUUGUAUUUAUGUACAAUAUGUAUUAAUGUAAGAUGUAUAUCGACUUAAAACAUAUUUAUAAGCACAUCUUAAAUGUGUUUAUUCUAAGACCAGUAUUUAUAAUGAAUUCUUAUAUUUAAGAUCACUUUCAGUACAGUCUUAAGAUGUAAGAGCAUGAACUAAUCACAGAGCCGAAGAUAUUAGAAUCUUGAGACAUUACUUAAUACAGUCUUGAAAUAAGAACUCUAUGAAUAUCGACCUAAGAUUAUUAGCUUUAUCGAUAUGGAAGGCUUACUGCUGUUGUAUAUAUACAAUAAAUGAUGUACGUUAUUUAUUAAUCCGGAAUUGAUGAUAACGUUAAAUUUGCAAGGAAACCUAUUAAAUCAAAUUCAGUAUUCAAGUCUAAAAUAUAAGUCUGAAAUUGUAAGUAUACUUAAAUAUAUACACGAAAUUUUGUAAAUAAUACAUUUUUAGCUAAAAUUACAGUAAAUUACUACGAAAAGUAUUGAGUUUAACAAAUUCAACAUUAUUACUGCCGGAUUAAUGCAAAUACUAGUUUACAAAGUUUUGUGCAAGAAUAUGACAGCUGUUUCUAGGAUAAUUUCCAACAUUGAGUACGAAUCUACCAUUGAAAUGUUUCCAUCUGAUUUUUGAGAUAUAAGAAAAGACUUUCCAAUAUAUACAUUAAAAUUUUAUUGAAAUUAGAAAACAAAUCAGAAGUGUUGAGUGUAAUUUUUUUUUUUUUUAUAUGUAACUUUGGAGCAGUUUUACAUAUUAGA